AUGAAUUCUUCUCUCCGGCGACAAAAUUCAAAAGUUAGUUACCCUAAAUUUGAUGGUAGCUUAUGUUCCGUGAACUACAACAGCUGUAAAGAUCGCUGCUCUUCUGCAACCAGUGGUUCCUGCUCUUGUCACCAGACCUGCACAAUUUACGGCACCUGUUGUGAAGAUAUCGAUGACCACUGUCCGCUUGACGCUGGUCAAGAUUCUCAGAUGCUGGGCCAGUUAAAAUCUUCGGAAACUCAAUGUAGAGAUGGUCACUUCUUUGUGUCGUCGUGUCCAGCUGAGUUCAGCAGCAGCCAGUGGGAAGGCAUGAAGGCUUGGCCAGACAGGUCAGUUACUGACCGCAACCAGACUGGACACAACCGUUGGUGGUUCCAGUACGUGGACAGAGAUCUAGAAGAGAGUCAAUUAUCAAAAAGAUGUGAAACGACUGAUUCAACUCUUGACCUCAUAGACAAGGUCCCAGUCACGGACAUAGCCACACAAGUCCAUUUUAAAAAUAUUUUCUGCGCCAUCUGCCACAACAUAAGCCAGGUGGAAUUCUGGGUAACGCUAGCCAAUUGCCAGACUCAGUCCAACGUUUCAAGAACUAAUGGGGUGACCAGACCGAACUCAUCCCUCCCUGACCCUGAAACUUCUUCUGCAUUCAAGACCAGUUCAUCCUUAACAAGAAUUACCCAGGAGUGUCAGCUUGCCUGGAUUCGACCUGAAGCAGAACACGCCUGCGCCUCUAAUCCUCUGGAGAACUUUGGCUCAACGUUUGCUCCGUUGGAUGCUUCUAAAGUUGAUUCCAUUGUGACACAGGGCGC